ACGUUCCUACUUCUCUGUUGAUGUCCCCUUGCUCAUUUUGAAACUAGAUUUGUCAGAUUUCUAGGAAGUUUAGCUUAGGUAACAGCUGCUCAUUGGGCGGUGAGCGAAGGAAGGAAAAGCAGAGGAUUAGAGAUUUCCUUAGCUCUGCAUCUGUACAUUGACGUCACUGUGGAGGGACGCGUGAACCAGGAACUGAAAGCAGAUUUUAUUUUGGUUUUCCUUCGCCACCCGUACACAACUAAGUUAUGCCACCAGAAGAUCACAAACCUACUGAACGAACAGGUUUCUGCUGGGAUCUCCUGGAGGGCUGAGUAGCGCAGGGUCACUGAUAGAAGAGAAGAGGCAACAACCAAUUGGACAGACAACAUGAUGGUCUCAAAUAAUCUACAAAAUGUCGUCCACAAUCCGAUGAUUCCAUAUGUUGGUACACUUUCUGAGGAGCUGGGGCCUGGGAAAUUGGUUAUUAUCCAUGGUUGUGUGCCCAGUGAUGCAGACAGGUUCCAGGUGGAUUUCCAGUGUGGCAACAGCGUGAAGCCUCGAGCUGAUGUGGCUUUCCACUUUAACCCUCGGUUCAAAAGAUCAGGCUACAUUGUAUGCAACACCUUGAUGAGGGAGAAGUGGGGAAGGGAAGAGAUCACCUAUGACAUGCCAUUUGAAAAAGGAAAAGAUUUUAAGAUCAUGUUUGUGGUACUGAAGGACAAGUUCCAGGUGGAUGUGAAUGGAAGACAUCUCUUGCUCUACGAACAUAGAAUUAAGCCAGACAAAAUAGAUACCCUGGGAAUUUAUGGCAAAGUACAGAUUGAGAAAAUUGAAUUUCCCAGUAACAUGUCUUUAGAAGGAAAUCAAGCAACUUCUUUGGGAACAGUGAAUAUGAAUUCAAGUAAUGUACAAACAUCUGCGGAGUCACAAUUUACACUUCCUUAUGUUGCACGGUUGAACUCUCCAGUGAAGGCUGGGCAAACCAUUGUCAUCAAAGGAGAAGUGAAGAAAAAUCCCAAGGGAAGCUUUUCUAUUGACUUCAUAGCAGCCAGUACAAAGGACAUAGCUUUGCAUUUGAACCCCCGGCUAAAUGCUAAAGUAUUUGUAAGAAAUUCUUUUCUCUGUGAAAGCUGGGGAGAAGAAGAAAGAAGUAUUACAUACUUUCCAUUCUCCCCAGGGAUGUAUUUUGAGAUGAUUAUUUACUGUUCUACCAACGAAUACAAAGUUGCCAUAAAUGGAGUCCAUGCCUUUAUAUACAAACAUAGAUUUAAGGAACUUGACAGAAUUGACACACUGAAGAUCGAUGGAGAUAUUAAUUUAUUAGAUAUAAGGAGCUGGUAGUUGGAGUCCCAAGAGCAAAAUCAUAACAUGACUUACAUAGUAGGUGCCUUUUAACAUUAUCAAUGUGAAAUUCCUCUGUUGUUCACUUUCCUUAUUUGGUCAAGUUACCUUUCAUAAUAUAAAAAUUGAGAAAGGUCUUUUUAAGAGUUAUCCCUAAAAUACAGCUUAGACUGGAAGAGGAAGAAGAAAUCUGUGGCACAGAGGACAUUAUAGCUACUCUUGGUGGUUUUGGAUUCAUUCCCCACCAGAGGUUCCUCUUUUCCCUCUUUCUUUUUUCCUAUUUGUCCACCUACUCCUCCCCCUUUUUCCCUUUUUCUUGUCCAUUGUUUAACUGCUGGGACAAUCAGGAUUAAAAAGGAUUGCUAAAUUCUAUUCUAAAAGAAUCCAAAACCAGUCUAAACUGAAUUAUAUUUAUAGGAUCUGGCUUAAAAGUUGCUAAUAAUCUGAUGCUUUAAUUUUGGCUUUUUAUGAUUCAUUUAGAAUACACUUAAUAGCUAAUUAUUUCAAAUUUUAAAAAGCAUGACUUGUAAUUAAUUCCUUUGUUAUAAUACCCAUUUAGAUUGUACCAUAGCCUUAAAGAACUCAUUCAUUAUGUAGACAAGUAAGAAUAAUAAAUCUCUUGAAAUUGUUAAUUUAUUU